GUGGCUAUAGAGCCGUUGCUGCAUUACUCGGACUACCAUCAGGUGAGGAAAGUUGGUCAUGGGUUAGGGCAGCGUUGAUAGAAGAACUUGAACGACACAGAGGGUUGUAUGAUGAAAUGUGGUCCAGACAUGUGGUUAAUGCCUUACAUUCCCGACUCACUCUUCCUCCUGGUGAUCCGGCUACCGAGGAUAAAUGGAUGCAACUGCCAGAGAUGGGAUACCUUGUAGCAACCAGGUUCCAAGUGGUUUUCAUAUCCAUCUCCUCUACGGGUUGUUGGUCAUACCUUCCACUAAGAGGAGAAGGUCCACCGGAUGUACAUCCUGUUAUAGCUGUUGGUCAUGUGAUUAAUCACUUUGUACAGCUCCAUCUAACUCCUGGACAUUCUAUGCCGCCAAUUGCUCUCCAGUGGGAACGGUAUGUUGAUCCUACAUCAGUAAGCUGGUGCGCCCCAUAUGGUACACGUUUAGGAAGAUUCACAUCAGAAUUCGAAGCUUGGCUUGUUACUUUUGGUGUUCCUCUUAGUCACCAAAGCUAUGUAGACAUCACCUCAGAUUGACACCACACUUUUGUGUGAUAUUCAUUUGUAAACGCUCUGUAAUAUUAAUCUGAUGGGCCUUGCCUUUAUGAUGUUCAUUUGUUGCUUUUAAUAAUAUUAAUUUGAUGGUCAUUGUUAUAUUGAUGGGCCUUAUUAUUUUGAAUCAGCAUCAGGGAUAAUUAACAUAGACAACCACUCUGUCAUCAGAGUCCUGUCAUUUUCAUCCACCCCAUCAUCAGAGUCCUGUCAUUUCCAACCACCCCAUCAUCAGAGUCCUGUCAUUUCCAACCACCCCAUCAUCAGAGUCUUGUCAUUUUCAUCCACUAAAUGACGAACUUGAAACCUGACAUUACUAUCUACCACCAACCAACCCCAACCACACUUGUAUUAUCCACCAAACACCAUAAAUCUUUUGACCAUUCUGCUAUAAAUCUCUCUGGGUUCUUUAUUCUUCUUCAUCCUUUUCUUCAUGUCUUGCUUUCGAAGAUAAAAAAAAAACAAUGGAACAAGACUGGGAUGCAUUAGUCCGCCGUUGCAAACGUCAAGGCAGCACUUCUAGCAGCUCUCGUCCUCUCAUUCCUGGGCCAGCUGGCGCCGUCCAGGCUGCCAUGUAUGGGCGUAGAUCCAACCCUAACACACUACUCAUUCCGACCCAAGAAUUUGUGAGGCGUGCGCUCGAAGACAGAUCAACCGAAACCGAUCCUGAUUUCAAUUCAAAUGC